AUGGCAUCCCUCACAUCGGGCGCGACGAGUCUUUUCAAGGCUAUAGAGCCCUUCGCGGCGUUGUUGAAAUCCAUACCGCAUCGUGAUGCGACCCAUAUUCCGUACGCCCAGUGGCUUUCCUUAUAUUUAGAAUCACUUGGCCAACGCUCUCAACAUUCGGAAAUGCUUAGCGAAAAUAAAAAUGAAAAAGCACUUUUUCGCCAACAAUAUUGCGAUGCGGUGGAUGCGAUGCUGCUAAGCAGUUUAAUGGCUCCGCGGUGGAAUCUGGUGCUUGUACCGACUAAUCUGGCUGAACUCCAGGGGAUGCUCCCACUUUUAAACGGUAAUAAUGAAAAAACGACACAUUCGAAGGGACCUGCUCCGUUGGGGGCUUCUAGGACGGAUUUGUGGUAUCUCAACGCGCACAAUUGCGGCCUAACUUUGUCAUCUUUAGUCGCCGCGGAUCGUUUUUACGACGUUGGGGGUGGGGAAGACGAGACGCUCGAGGUAUUUACACCCAAAUUUAUGACGGAACCGCUUUUGGGUGGAAGCUGUUUAAUGCACUGCACGGACGAGCUUCGACAGCAGGGGGAUUUGCUUCGCGCAUCCAAAGAGAAUAGCUCCGGAAUCGUUCGGGGGAAAGUGGGCGUGGACAAUCGUGCGGCUUCUUACACCGAUGAGCCCACGAUUCAUCUGAUAAUUCCCUUUUCUUGUCUUUGGCAGAUCAAGCACGAGGCGCAUCUUCGUUCAGGAAACUCGGCAGCUACAAAUACCUCUCUGCAGGAGCGUGGUGCUCGACAAUCGCUUCUGCAGAAUAUUCACCACGCCUUUCAGCUCCAGGCGGAUCUCAAUCGCCUCAAUUCGUCCUCCACGGCGCCCUCUCCACGGAUAAAACUUCAUGUUUCGAAUCCAACGGAGGAGUUUGAUAUGAUUUGCCAGCUUCCACGUGUGCGAGAUAGUUUUAUGACUCUCGGAAAUGCCAAUUCGAAGCUGCUGGAUGAAGUUAAAUCCCAAAAUUUCUCCCUCGCUAUGUUGUGCGAGAAAAAUCCGGUUCGCCUCGCGUAUUUUCUGCGUUAUAGCCUUUACCGAAUUCAACUUAAACGGGAAAAUGCAAAAAAAUCGGCGGAAGCCAAACAAAAAGACGAAAAAGAAUCUGAAGAAUCACCCAAUGAGUUAGUGAUGGUAGCACAUUUUAGUGAGCAGCGUCUUUUUCGUGGCUUGGGUGUUCCUACGCUGCGUUCGUGCUCCUCGGUGAGCUCGAUUCAACGGCAAGGCUCGCUCAAGGAGGCGAAUUCCGCAUCCACGCAUAAGAAAGCGAUUCUGGAAUGUGGGGAAAUGGUUCGCCGAAUGACGACGCGGGAAGAAAAUUUACGGCAAUCCAUUCAGAAGUAA